AAGCGUGAGAAUAUCAUGUUUAAUCAAUCACUAGCAUUUCUUGGCUUCCUUACCUUCUUCUCCUUCGGGCUCAGGCGCCAACCUUUUGUUUGUAAUGAAUUUAAGCAGCUCAAACCUUCAUAGCACUGUCAAUAUAUCAAUCAAUCAACAUUGAGAAGAAAUGGGAUUGACAAGGAAACAGCUUACUUUUGUUCUUCUCUGUCUCUGCUUUACAGUUUUUCUGCAACUGACCUCUGUUUCUUCUUCUACUUUCCCUCAGGGUCAAAAGGAAACUGCAUCUUCAAGAAGUUUUGAGCACGAGAAAGAAGUGCAUUGUUCAAGAGAAAGGAGUAGGGCAGCAUGGAAAAUAAUCGACGAGUAUUUGAUGCCCUUUGUGGAGAAAGAACGAUAUAAGAUCUCGAGUAGGUGCAGGCUUCAUCCAGAGAAUGACUUAUACAGAGAUCAAGAACAGCAUAAGAUGCAUGCAGAUAUAAAUGAAUGGCGAUGUGGAUACUGUAAGAAGACCUUUUAUGAAGAGAAGUACCUUGAUAAGCAUUUUGAUAACAGACAUUAUGAUCUGUUGAAUGUGAGUCAUAGCAAGUGCUUGGCAGAUGUAUGUGGUGCGUUGCAUUGUGAUCUUGUGCUGGAUUCUGCGCCACACAAGACCAAGUGCAAUCCUGCUGCCACAGGACGGAAUAAACAUCUGUGUGAGAGUCUCGCUGAUAGUUGUUUCCCAGUCAAUGAGGGUCCUUCAGCUCUCCGUCUCAAUGAGUUCUUCUUGCGCCAAUUUUGUGAUGCCCACACUUGCUCUGGAGGUCGGAAGCCAUUUUCUAAAGGGGGGAAGAAGGAGACAAGCACACUGUAUGUUAUAAUUUCUGUUCUGGUUUUGAUGCUUCUGGCACUUUUCUACAUCUUCAUGUAUUUGUACCUGAGGGGAAUAAAAAGGGGCUCCCAAGGGCUGAAGCACAUCUCAAAAAGUGGACAGAAGAAAAGGAACAUCAACCUCAUCUUGUAUUCCUUUCUGUCCAUCAUCUGUUGCACUUCCCUUGUAGUUGGAAACCUAUCCACAACCCUUUAAGAAAAUCACGGUUAGUCAUUCUGGUCUGGCAUUUUGCAUGUCUUCUUAAGAUCAAGGGAAGUGAUUCUUAAGUGCAUGGGUUUCUUACCCGGAGGUGCAACUCCGGCUUCUCUCUUCAUCUGAGAGUGCUAAUAUAUUGGGUAACCUCAGCAAGCCAUCAAGAUUGACCUUUUCUCUGCAACAGCCUUUACACUCACAAAAUGAGCAACCAUUUCUGAACCAGGUAGAAACUUGGGAGUAGGAAAGUUUAGUAUUCUCUCGGAUGACUGCUGGAGUAAAAUAUUGAAAGUGUGAUGCCAUUCUAUGAAUGAAAAUUUGGUUGUGUUGAAGCAAUGGUAUACGGACCAAUAGAGUAUGAAUAUCUAAACUUUUUAUUGUAUAGGUAAUGAGUAUAGUAUAAAUAUAGUAAUAACUCUUGAUCCUUGA